UCUAAAGAAGAGGAAAAUUUCGUCAAACCUUAAUGUCAAACAGUAAAAAAUUUGAGUUUUUCGCCAGUCGUGUCUUCUAAAUAGAUCUAAAUUUUGUCUAGCUUAAAGCGAAGAAAGGGCAGAAAUGGAUACUCUCAAUCAAGAGCUAUUUGGAGAACCGUGCACGUACAAGCAGCCGGUGAAAGAAAUUGAGGAGAAGUGGAAAUUGGUGCCAGCGUUCCUUAAAAUUAAAGGACUGGUAAAGCAACAUAUUGAUUCAUUUAAUUAUUUUAUCAAUGUCGACAUUAAAAAAAUUGUAGAAGCAAACAACUAUGUAACUUGCGACGCAGAUCCUUUAUUUUAUAUCAAAUAUACCAAUGUUUACGUUGGAAGUCCCGAUGUAGAUGAAGGUUUCAAUAUCAGUAAACCUACAACACCACAUGAAUGUCGAUUAAGGGAUAUGACCUAUUCAGCGCCAAUAACUGUUGAUAUCGAGUAUUCAAGAGGCACUCAGAGGGUGGCUAAAACAGGACUCUUGAUUGGCAGAAUGCCCAUAAUGUUGAAAUCCUCUAAUUGUGUACUGAGUAACAAGUCGGAAUUUGAAUUAGCAAAAAUGCAUGAGUGUCCGUUAGAUCCUGGAGGUUAUUUUGUGGUCAAGGGCCAAGAGAAAGUUAUUUUAAUUCAGGAACAACUGUCUAAAAACAGAAUGUUGGUUGAGGAGGGCAAGUGGGGUGCCCAGUGCCAAGUUACAAGCUCAACUCAUGACAGAAAGUCUCGAACAAUCGUUUUCGUGAAAGGAAAUAAGUACUUUUUAGGUCAUAACAUGUUUACAGAUCCUAUUCCAGUCAGUAUAAUAUUUAAAGCCAUGGAUUUUCUCUCCGAUUUGGAAAUAUGUGAGGUAAUUGGUAUUCCAGACAUUCACCAGCUGACACCAACUUUGGAAGAAUGCCAUAAGUUACAGAUUUACACUCAAGAAGCAGCUUGGAAUUAUUUAGGAACAAAAAUGGUUGCAAAGCGAUAUGUAACUUCUGCAUCAAGCGUCAGAACUCCUGCAGAUGAUGCUCGUGAUGCUCUAGCGACAACAAUUCUGGCUCAUGUUCCGGUUGAAGAGUAUAAUUUUAAAUCUAAAGCUGUUUAUCUAGGAUUGAUGAUAAAGCGAGUGAUUCAAGCACAAUCGGAUAAACAAUUUCUAGAUGAUAGAGAUUAUUAUGGCAAUAAACGAAUGGAAUUGGCCGGAUCUUUAAUAUCUUUGAUGUUUGAAGACGUUUUUAAAAGAUUUAAUUUCGACCUUAAAUCAAUUGCAGAUAAAACUAUACCAAAAAUUCGAGCUUCCCAGUUUGAUGUUAUUAAAUAUAUGCGGUCUGAAUUGAUUACCAGUUGCUUAGUCUUUGCUAUUUCAACGGGAAAUUGGACUAUUAAACGAUUUAGAAUGGAACGUUUAGGCGUAACACAGGUUUUGUCUAGACUCAGUUACAUAGCUGCUUUAGGAAUGAUGACUAGAGUUAAUUCGCAAUUUGAAUCUACUAGAAAAGUGUCUGGACCUCGAAGCUUGCAACCAAGUCAAUGGGGAAUGUUGUGUCCAAGUGACACUCCAGAAGGAGAGUCUUGCGGAUUAGUUAAAAACUUAGCUCUAAUGACGCACAUCACUACUGAUAUUAAUGAAUAUCCGAUUAAAAGAUUAGUGAAAAAUGCUGGAUUGCAAGAUAUUAGUAUAGUGGCGAGUAAAGCCAUUCAUUCUCCUUCAGCGUACAUAGUAUUUUUAAACGGUAAUAUUUUGGGAGUAACUACAAACUAUCAGAAUAUGAUAAGCAUCUUCAGACUGAUGAGGCGUGAAGGCAGAAUAUCAAGCUACGCAUCAAUUUACGUUAAUUUUCUUCAUAAAUGCAUUUAUAUUAGUUCGGAUGGUGGCCGAUUGUGUCGCCCGUAUAUCAUAGUACAAAAAGGCCAACCUUUGGUAAAUCAGAGUCAUAUGACCGAAUUGGAGAAGGGUAUUCGAAGUUUUGCAGAUUUUUUGCAUGACGGCCUAAUUGAGUUUCUUGACGUAAAUGAAGAAAACGACAGUUUUAUAGCUUGUUAUGAGAAAGACAUAACAAAUAAAACUACACAUCUGGAAAUAGCUACGUUUACUCUAUUAGGAGUAUGCGCCGGAUUAGUGCCUUACCCGCAUCAUAAUCAGAGUCCACGAAACACAUAUCAAUGUGCUAUGGGUAAACAGGCAAUGGGAACUAUUGGCUACAACCAAAGAAACAGGAUGGAUACUUUGCUUUAUAACUUGGUGUAUCCGCAAGCUCCAAUGUGUAAAACCAAAUCAAUUGAGUUAACAAACUUCGACAAACUUCCUGCUGGCCAGAAUGCUGUCAUAGCUGUCAUGAGUUACAGUGGAUAUGAUAUUGAAGAUGCCUUAGUUUUAAAUAAGGCGUCGAUCGAUCGCGGUUUUGGAAGGUGUUUGGUUUACAAAAAUUCAAAGUGUAUUAUGAAACGAUAUCCGAAUCAAACCUAUGACCGAAUUCAAGGGCCCUUGAUAGAUGCACAAACCGGUCAUCCAAUGUGGAAACAUAAAUGUUUAGAUGCAGAUGGUAUUAUAAGUCCUGGAGAAUUAGUUGAAAAUAAACAGACAUUGGUCAACAAAUCGGUACCAUCCGUCUCAGCUGUACCGAGCCCUGCCACCAACACGUGUGUUGAAUACAAAGACACUCCCCUUUCUUACCGAAUUAUAGAGCCUAGUUACGUGGAAAAAGUACUCGUGAGCACAAACGAACAAGAUACGACUUUAAUUAAAAUUUUGUUGCGGCAAACACGAAGGCCCGAAGUUGGAGACAAAUUCAGUUCUAGACAUGGCCAGAAAGGUGUUGUUGGUCUAAUAGUUGAACAAGAAGACAUGCCAUUCAAUGAGGAUGGAAUUUGUCCUGAUAUUGUGAUGAAUCCCCAUGGUUAUCCUUCGAGGAUGACAGUGGGAAAACUAUUAGAAUUAUUAUCAGGAAAAGCGGGCACUCUUGAAGGCAAAUUUCACUAUGGAACUGCAUUUGGAGGUUCGAAAGUUGAAGAUGUAGGCGAAGAACUUGCAAAGCACGGGUACAGUUACCAAGGAAAAGACGUAUUUUAUUCUGGAAUCACUGGCGAACCGCUAGAAGCGUAUAUAUAUUCAGGCCCAGUAUAUUACCAAAAAUUGAAGCACAUGGUACAAGAUAAAAUUCAUGCUAGAGCGCGAGGUCCAAGAGCGGUGCUAACAAGACAACCCACUGAGGGUAGAAGUCGAGAUGGUGGCCUGCGUUUUGGUGAAAUGGAGAGGGAUUGUCUCAUUGGUUAUGGCGCGAGCAUGAUGUUAGUCGAGCGUUUGAUGGUCUCCAGCGAUCAAUGUGACGUGGACGUAUGUAAUAAAUGUGGAAGACUCGGGUAUUGCGGUUGGUGCAACAGUUGUAAGAGUUCCGGCCAAGUGUCGUCAAUUGUCAUGCCUUAUGCUUGCAAGCUGUUGUUAACUGAGUUACAAGCAAUGAAUAUUUCCCCUCGUCUGACGUUGAGCCAUUACUGCCAAUAAUUUUUCAGUUAAAUUAAACUUUUUUCCAAAUAAA